AUGUUAUUUUUUCGUUUAUUCGUCUUUUUUCUUUGUGCAUCCUCGGGAGACUCUGUAACAAGAGCUGACCUUGAGAAUUUGUAUUCAGCGCUAUUUCCGGAAACCAGUGGUAGUACCAAUACUACACUAACAGAAGUAAGACCAGAGCCUUACACCGUGAUACGGGGGACACUGCAUCUGCUGUCCAUAGCUGGACUUGACGAAGUGACCGGAACUUUCUCCACCAUCAUCAGUUUGUCCUUGACCUGGAACGAUGGACGCUUGUCAUGGAACCCUGCAUCACACGCUCUUAUCAAUAACAUAACAGUCAAACAAAAUAAAGUCUGGACACCCUCAAUCAUUGCCAAAAAUCCUGUCAAAAAGAUCUCCAAACUGGGCUUGCAGGAGAGCAGUGUUGUUCUAAAUGAUGAGGGAGACGUCAUGUUAACAAUUGAUGACUACCUGGAAACCGUGUGCAGUUUUGACGGAACUCAUUUUCCAUUCGAUGUGCAGACUUGCAACAUUUAUUUCAUGGCAUGGAUUUACAGGAGACACGAGAUUGAUUUUCGACAAACACAAGGUGACGUUGAUUUGUCUUUUUACUGCGAAAACGGUAUGUGGGAGAUCUUGGAGUCAAAAGCAACGGUGGAAUAUUUUACGAAACAUUCCAACAGGUAUGCUACCUUAAAAUAUUCAGUCAAAGUGAAGAGACGACCCGGAUAUUUUAUAUUGGGUAUUUAUGUGCCUGUACUCAUGUUGAUGCUUUUGAAUUCAGCUGUUUUUAUUUUGCCAACGGAAAGUGGUGAGCGUGUUGGUUACGCCAUUACAUGUUUACUGGCUCUAGCUGUGUUUCUAACGUUAACCUCAGAAGUGUUACCGAAAACAUCCAACCCGCUCUCCGUGUUCUCAUGUUUUCUCAUGCUUUUAGUGCUCACUUCUGCUCUUAUCUGUAUCAUGACAAUAAUAAGUAUAUGGCUCUGUCACAAAGACGAGAAUUCAGCAAUGCCUGUUUGUCUUAAAAGAAUCACUCGUUUUUUGUUGUGUCGAGGCCGGAAGACAGAGAAUGCUGAUGUGCAAGUAAAUGAAAAGGAUUCCCUGGCAGAGUCGGUGAAAAAUUCCGAGGAAAUAAAAGAUAUCUUGAACAAGACUCAACAGAAUGGGAAAAAUGUUUCACUAAAAUUAUCCAAUACCCGUAUAUUGAGGGUCAAGAGUCUCGAGAAGGGGCUAAUAGAAAAUAAAAGUGAGAAAGACAUUUACAGCGAUAUUGGCUGGAAACAGUUUUCAGAAGUAUUUAACAUGGUUUGUUUUAUUUUGACAAUUUCUGUGACGGGUUCCCUGGCGUUUGUUUAUGUUACCGUGGCCGGAGCAAAUCUGUAGGAUUAUAUACCCUAAUUUGGUGUCUAAUUAUAACCUUCCCCCUAAUUACAUAAUUAAUUAUAACUCAGGACAAUGCAAUUACAUGUUAUUGUGCUGCCUAUGGUGAGCUUUAAACAUUCACACCUUCGGGCUCAGA